AUGUCACUGUCUAACGAGUCUAAAAAACUUGGUAACGAUGCUGGUGAUUCGAAAACUGAAAAUAGCGAACAGAUAGUCACGGUUUUCGAUCUGGCGACCGAAAUUGAACAUUCGUUGCAAAAAUUGAUAGAAGACGUCAAAAGCAACGAUCGCGAAUUCCAGGAACAGUUUGAAUCUAUUCAGAAAGGAUUGAAAAGUCUUGAGAAAUAA